UGAAAUCUCAGCACCUGUAUCCUUAUUGCCAUGUAACAAUAGGAUUAGGAAGUCUGGAUGAAUGUGAAGUAUGACAGCAAAAUACACACACACACACACAUACACACACACUCCUUAAACUGAAGGAACUGCAUGAAAAAGUAUUUGGGAAAUAAACAGAAAAAGGAAAACACCCAUCAAACUUCUUUGAACACGUGUUACUGCAAAUCAGGUCCUUCAUAAUUACAGCAACAGAUACUCCUUCCAUCAGUUAAGACCAAGGGGGUCUCCUUUGAAUCAAGCAUUCUUGAGGGGCUGCUAUGGGCUUAAAUCAAAAAUAACCUUUUCAAAUUCACAUAAGGUGGCUUUAUCUAGGCUAUCACUUAGAUUUAGUAGCAGUAUAGGGGAAUGGUUAAGAGCUUCAAAUGUCAGAGACCCUUGAGGGGCUCCUGACAUUUUGGGUCAGCUUUGCCAAUUAUUAGCUGUAUGACCUUCAGCAGUCACUAAACCUAUUUAGGAGGAACAUUUUGGUUCCUCAUCUGCAAAAAUGAGAACAACUCUAUCUGUCUCAGUAUUGCUGUGAGGCCUAUUGCGUGUCUGGAACACAGUUAAGUAAUUUCACUACAAAGAAAACACUCGAUAGUAUCCAUCUUUGACUAUUCAAAACACAUCACUUUUCAGCCAAAGACCAAAAGCAAAUAACUGGAGUAGGAAACAAAAUAAACAAAAGCAACAGGUCGAGUGACAUACUCCCAAAUUUUCUGGGUAAUUCAAGAUUGACACCUUGACUUCAUAAAGAAGUACUGUACUCAAUAAAACAGGUUUCUAGAAAAUACUUAGAAUUGCUUCAAGAAUAAAACUGAGCUAGAUGUUAGGAGGUAGGAUUUCUAGUCGUGAGUACAGUACUAUCUACCUAUUUGACUACGGGCAAUUUACUAAAGCUUUCUAUUCGCACACCUAGUAAUUCUGCUGUAAUUUCUCUCCAUCUAUGUGUCUCCUCAGUCCUCCAACCCUUAUGGAAGGAAUGCCUCUAAGGCAAGAUCCAUACCUCCAGCAUCUUUGCACCUCCACUGCCCAGAUCGCAAAUAAGUUCCCAACAAAUAACGAACUGCUUUCGCUUUAUCUAGUGAAGCAGGAGUUCCAGCCCAUCCAGGGUUACCACUGUGGCAACUGGUACGUGCAGCAGCCCAGCUCUUACCUUCUUUCUGGCUACAGCUACUGCUGUGCGGUGCAUGGAAAUGGACAGGACUGUUUUUCUGUGCGUGAGACCCCUCAACAUACAGCUGGAACUUUGGUUAUGCCUAAGGAAACCACAGGUCUAGCUGAAAACCAAGAUGAAGACCCACUAGAAGAUCCACAUCUUCAUUUGAAUAUUGAGGAAUCAAACCAAGAGUUUAUGGUGAAAAGUGAAGAACUCUACGACUCCCUCAUGAAUUGCCACUGGCAGCCACUGGAUACAGUUUACUCAGAAAUUCCAGAUGAGACCCCAAAGUGAAGCAAGAUGUUCAUUAAGCUCCCCAGUUAUCAUACUAAUUGUGUCUUCUUUUGUUUUUGGGGAAAAGUAGUUCUCCCAGGAAGAUACUGAAUUCUGUAUAUAAAAACUAGUGUCCAGGGCUUACAUGUGAUUGACAUCAGAGAACAUUAAUGUAAAUAAACUUCACCAGCACAUCUGUU